UAUCAAGAUAUAUGGAAACCAGUAAUUGGAGAAACCUUGCACUGUAUCCAUGAAAGAAACAACGAUCAUGAUCGUUAUGCGAUAGCAUCAACCAAACGACUUCCAGGCCGCUUAUCUGAUUCAGUUGUGGAGCAUUUACCAAGAGAGAUUUCCAGGUACACGCGCUUUAUAAUUUCAAGAGGAGGAAACGUUAAAGUAACGGUAGUUGAUUCUAAGUAUCGCCGAUCCCCUCUCAUGCAGGGUGGUCUUGAAAUUCUUGUCACUGUUUGCAUCGAAAUCCACUGCACCUCGAAGAAUGUUUCAGUGUUGGAACGGUACAAGAAACUUGUGAAUAAAAAUUACAAGGAACCAAAAAAAGGCAAUUUUGACGACUGCACGACAGAUAUUCAAAGGGAUUUUCUCGAAGACAGUAAUUCAGAUGAAGAUGAGUAG